AAUUCACUCCCACAUGGCUGGAUAUCAACUCUUUAUCAAAUUGUCUGCAAGAAUAUCUGCAGAAUAUUUACCGUGAACAAUACAAAUGAUUCUUGUGGAAAAAUAUCAGUGAAAGUAUGCCAAAGUUUAUUGGUAUUGAUCAUUACUUUGAGGCAUCUAAACUAUAUCAGUCACUUCUAACUGAACUUUGCCUUCCCAGAAUUUUUCAUAUUGAAAAGCUAGAUGAUGAUCCAGGCAAAGGACAUCUUGAAAGUUUUAAAUACAAGUAUCCAUGGACAAGAAUAAAAGCAGACAAUGAUUUUCUACUUGAGGAAGCUAAAAGAAGUGAUGCUGCUUUGGAAACUUUAUGUGAGAAUCUGCCAAUGCCAAUAUCAUCAGUUUAUAUAAAAGUAGGUAUAUCUCAACAUUCAUCACCUAACAAACAACAUGAAGAAAAACAGUCAUUCGUUCCUAUCACCUUGAACCAUUAUAGGGAAAACCUUCAUCUUGACCACCCAUGCUGUUUGGAUGAGCCACUAGAUGUAACUGAAGGUUUACCCAGUGGUCCUUCUCUAACAUUUUUAUUGGAGAAAAUGAAACCUUUAGCAGUGAAUGACCCAUUUGAAUGUGAUUUGAAGCCUGAUCAUCUGUUAGUCCUAAAGGAACUAGAAAAAUGUCUUGCUGGAAUGGACCAGGAUGAACCAAAACCAAGACUUGAACUGAUUACUGGAAAGUUAGAUUUGAAGAUGGUUGAUCUACCUAAGGAAAAUCUUUUUUCUUUUCUUGAAUCUAAAAAAGGACCAUGCCAGGAGGAAGAUUUAGAUUCAACUCAUUUAAGUGACAAUGAUGAAAGAUAUCCGCCAUCCUUUUGUGUUCAGGAAUUUAAAGAAAACUUGGUUGACAGAGGAACUAAGGUAGAGACUACAGCACUACGACUACAUAACUUGGUUGACAGAGGAACUAAGGUAGAGACUACAGCACUACGACUACAUGAACAAUUUAAUGAAAAUUCAUUAAAAAAUGAUCAAUUAGAACCUUCUAAAGAAGAAGCUAACAGUGAUAAACUUGCUAAAUCCUUGACAAUGUGCAUCAGUAACUAUGAAGCUACACCUAUGGUCCAGUCUUUCAGUGAUAUCCCUGUCUCAUUAAAUGAACAUUUAGUUAGUAAAAACGAGUCCUCAAUUGUUGGACAGUGUACUGAUGAAAAUGGACUUUUGUUCAUAGCUGAAAGAGACCAAUCCAGUCAACCUUCAACCACGGCAAAGCAUAUCAGUAAAAGUAUUGGGUUGUCUUCAGUGCAGCCUAAUAAUAACAAACCUGUUGCCCAAAACGCAACUUUAGCAAAGAAGGAAUUUGAUAGUUUUCACUCUCCUACAAGUGUAACCAUGGUGCAGCCCAAAGCUGAAAAGCUAACUUCUCUACAGAAAGUGUCAUCUGACUCUCAAAAGUGUAAUGAAGACUAUUCUGUUAUCAUAGAGCAACCCAUUAUUAGUUAUCAGCCAUCAACUAUGACACAGUGCAACAGUGAAAGCUCUUCAUUCAUUGAAACACAAUCCUUCAGUGAUUAUGAUAUGUUAGCUGUGAUUAAGUCCAUGAAUAAUCCUGAACCUUCAGCCUCAGCACAGACAUACAUUGAAAACAAAAAAUCCCUAUUGGAUCAGUCUAGUGUUGAAAAUAUAUAUCCAAUCAUGACUCAUUUUUGUAGUAAAAAUCAAGACUUAGACAUAAAACAGACCAUAAAUAUUGAUGAAUCUUCAAAUAUAGUAAAAUCAUGUAAUUUAAAGCAAUCUUCAGCUAUUGAGCAUGACAACCAACCUUCAGUGCUAGAGUAUGAUGUAAGAGAUAAACAACCCUCAGCUAUAGCACAUUGUAACAAAGAAAAUCAACCUUUACCUUUUGAGAAGUCCAUUACUAGUACUCAAGUCUCAACCAUGGCAGAGCCAAACAGUAAUAAACAACAUUCAACCAUACAAAAUGCAGUUGUUAGAAAAUUAGCAAACACUUUUGCUUUCUCUAGCAAUGAAAAUCAGCCAUCAAAUAUAAUGUUUCCUGGAAGUAAAAACAGUUUGACUUCUGUCUUACAGCAGAACAUAGAAAAAAGAUCCUUCAGUACAACCUCAGAAGUCAAAAUAAAAAGUCAUUUUCAUGAUAGCAAAGAUAAUUAUAAAAUACAUUCCACUUGUGAUUCGUCUUUAAUGUUAUUGAAAACCAAUAUACAGGAAGCAGAUAGUGUGAACAAGUUAGAAGAUGAUCAGCAAGUGAAUUCUUUAAAAAAAGAAAGCAAGAGUAAUACUUUUAAUGAGAGUAAGAGUGAGAGAUUAGAUGAAUUACUGACAAACUUUAUUAUGAUGCGAAAAGGUAAACUUAGUGCAAAAAAUGUGACUUCUAAUCAAGAAGCUAACUUACAAGUUGAGAUGUAUAAUCCAAAGAAUCUUGGUGACCAGGAGAUGAAAAGCAAAAGAAUAGUUGGAGAAACUUUAAAAUCUACAGUGGAUGAAUCAUCAUCUGUUUGGCUGUCAUCAGUUGAAAAUGAAGUUGAAAAACAGAACAACAGUGCACCUGUUUCAUUGAAGAUAAAACAAAGUUGCAGUCCUAAAUCUCAAAUAAAAACAGUAUACUUAAAUGGAUAUUAUGAAGUCGUUGCUCAACUCAUGAAUGCCUAUGCUUCACCAGUGAUAGAGAAAUUAAGAGCAAAAAACCUAGAAUUUCUUCCUUUACAGUCUGGUCUUGUAGGCAUAGAUCCAGAUAGAACUAGGUUUUGUCUGAACCAGAAGCUAAAAGAGUGCCAAGAUAAAAAUGAAGAACCCACACUUGGUGGGUUGGAGACAAGUAUUUGUUGCCAGUUAUUAGCCUUGCAUGGAUAUGUCAAAGCUCUGGAAUGCUUAUUGAAUUGUGAACUUUCUGUUUCUAUAUCUUGCUUGAAAGAGUUUGAAAAUACUCAUCAUCAUAUCCUAGAAGAUCAUUUUAAGAACUUACUUCAAGACAUGAAGAAGCUGCAGUGUAAAGUGAAAGAAAGCAACACUUUGCAUCCUAAAGUAAUUGAAAUCCAGGCUUUUGUUGGGAAUGUUAUGUUGGAUCGAAAGUGCUCUGCAAAAGCAAAAAUUUUGAUUGUAGUGAAAAGGAAUUUUGGUGUUGUAAGUGGAAUUUUGAAAUGUGCUUUGAAAAGAUUUCAAGAUAUGAACAUUAUUUUGGUUCCUACUGAAAUGCAUAUGGAUUUGGAAAAAGUUUUGUUCAAGACUGAAGAGUCGAACAUUAUUGUGAUCACAUCAGUGGCAUCUCUUAGUGCUGGUGGGAUUAUGCCACAUUUUACCAUGGUGCUUGAGUAUGAAUUCUGGAGUGAUUCUCCUGUUAGACAGUUUUGUUUAACACAAAGUAUUGAUCAUUAUAGUUUUCAGGCUGUGCUUCCUCAGACAGUUAGCGAAAUCACAUGCAUCUCUAAACUUCCAGGACAUAUUUUACAUAUAUUGAAAGAACCAACAGAUGAAUAUUUUCCAAAUGCUGAAGAAAAAGUUUUAUAUGCAAUAGGAUCAAAGAGAAUAACUGGGAAUUCAAGAUUGUUACACCUCUUAGAACAAAAGUAAGAUAUACUAA